UCAAUUAUCAUAAUUGCUUGUUUAGCUUUGGCAGGUUUGUUUGAAGAAAAUUUAGAUAAAACAAACACUUAAAGUUUUUAUUCCUUUUCUAUUAAACGUGCAUUGGUUUAGGUUUUCAUUCCAUUACUAUUAAACGUAGAACAGUAUGAAGAUUGCAGUUGUUUUCGCACUUUUCUUUGUGAGUUUUGCUUAUUCAGCACCGGUUGAAGAGGACGACUGUUUAUCAUUGUUCAGUAACGAGGUAUGCACAACAUAUAGUAGUCUUGAAAAAGAAAUCGAAGUUGGUUAUGGUUACAAUGGAUACCAAGACGUCGAUAUUUUAACUAUUGUACUCAAAAAGAAGUUAGAUUUCCUUAUUCAAGAAAGAUUAUUAGAGAAAAUUCCUUUAGUUGGAGACAAGCUUCAUGAUUUCGUUGCUAAAAACCAAGAUCUUGUCGCUAGUGUUCUUAAAAAAGGAGUUACAGCACUUAUUCAAAAUCUUGUACCAAAACUAAAAUCAUUUCUUGGAUAAAAUUAAAUUUUUAAAAGAAUAACAUGUUAAGAGCAUUGGUUGAAAAAAAAAAUUGUUAUACA